AGAGCAGGAAGGUGAAGGGGAAAAAACCGCGGUGGACGGUGGCCGCUUGAGAUCGUACCACGCAGGAAGCGAAGCGGUGUUGGGAAUACUUAAAUUACGUGAUGAAUCAUGCCCAAAACAGGGGUUAUUCGUAUGGGGCUUGGUAUAGUUCUUGGAGCAGCUGCAGGAAUAGGUCUCAUCUUUUACUUCUACAAACAGAAGAGAAAGAAGCCCAGUCAGGAAAACAGUUCAAGAUAUCCAAUUGUACAUUGUCAGCAAAAUGCUAUCUAUGUUCAUGAACAUGCAGAAACCCUUCAGCCUUAUAAUCAGGUUCCAUGGAUGAGACCAGAACCAGUGGAGGGUGGUGAUAGUGUUCCAUAUACACAUCUUCUAACGCAUGAAGAGCAGGCUGAAGUCUUAAAUCGUCUUGAUUUUGUGCUCAGAAGCCUUAUAGAGUUGCGACAUGAGGUGCAAGAAUUACGGAACAGCCUACAGAGUUUAGCUGGAGGAAUUAUUGAAGAAGUCAGGUCCCAUCUAGAAGAAAGCCAAAAGGUUAUUCGGCGGAGGCGGUUUAUAUACCCCAGAGAAAGAAGUGAUUCCACAGGAUCCAGCUCAAUAUAUUUCACAGCCAGUUCAGGAGCUGGCAACACAGACGAUGGAGAAAGUGAGGGGGGCUAUACUACGGCCAAUGCAGAAUCGGAUUAUGAUAGGGAAUCUGAUAAAGAGAGUGAAGAAGGAGAAGAUGAAAUCAGUUGUGAAACAGUUAGAACUGGAAGAAGAGAUUCCCUGGACCUUGUCAAUGAAGAUGAAGCAACGCUGAGUUUGGACACUGCUUCAGAAGAAGAACUUGCUCAGUUGCUGCACCAAGCCGAUAGCUUACACAAAGGGACUGACCAGGAGAAGAGAGAAGGUUUCCAACUACUGCUUAACAAUAAACCUGUGUAUGGUGACAAGCAGGAUUUCCUUUGGCAUCUGGCCCGAGCUUACAGUGAUUUGUAUGAAAUCACAGAAGACACAGAGGAGAGGCAAUUGUAUGCAUGUGAUGGCAAAGAAGAGGCCGAAAUGGCUCUGCAGUUAGGAGAUCACAGUGCUGAAUGUCACCAAUGGUAUGCUAUUCUGUGUGGUCAGUGUUCAGAACAUGAAAGCAUACAAAAGCGCAUUCAAGCUGGACAUGCCUUUAAGAAACAUAUAGAUGAAGCCAUUUCUCUGAAACCAGAUGACCACAUGUCUUACUAUCUCCUAGGUCGAUGGUGUUACCAGGUUGCUCAUUUAGGAUGGCUGGAAAGGAAAACUGCUUCUGCUUUAUAUGAAGAGCCUCCCUUAGCCACUGUCCAAGACGCACUGCAAAACUUCUUAAAGGCUGAAGACCUAAACUCUGGUUUUUCAAAAAUGGGAAGAAUAUAUAUUGCCAAGUGCUACAAGGAACUGGGGGAUAAUUCUAAAGCUGCUCAUUGGUUGACUCUGGCUUCAGAGUUGCCUGUUAUCACAAAAGAGGAUGCAGAAGGCAGCAGAGAAAUGGAAGAGAUGCAAGCAAUUUCUCUUGACUAAGGAAUCUUAAAUGCUCCAUCCUACAACGAGCAGUGAAGAAAAUUCCAGUAUAAAAAAUUUCUCACUGUGGCUGUUACUAGGCUUCAAGAACAAAUCACAAACUACUAUUUCAGCACUUCUUUCUCAGAUUGUAGCUGGUAAUACCAAAUAGUUAAAGAAAUGUAAUUCAGCUUUCUCCCUUAUCACAAAAUAAUUUGAUCCUAAUUAACACCUGUGUUUACCUGUUUGUAGAAUAGAUGCUGGCAAAUUCAUUUGUAUUUUUUCCAUGCUCUCUUUGGGAUCAUACCCAUCCAGAAAUCUCCAGUACAUAAAAAUUUUAAACAAUUUUGGGAAAAUCGAGAUAGCAUUAUAAAACAUGUAGAAUUAUUCUUAGCAUCCCUAUCAUUUGUUUUUAUUUUUUAUCAAAUUAGUCCAUUCACAGGGGCUCCUAAGUGCCUCGUUCAUAUCAUUUGGAACAUCUGGUGGGUGCUUAUACUAUAUUUUGCUCAUAGAGAGCAAAGAGUAGUUUGGAAUGCCACUGACUUAAGAAAAAAAAUAGUGAGGAAAUUCUUUAAUUUUUCCCUUCUCCUAGUACCAUAGCUCUUGAGUUUCUUAAGUGAUUGUUUCAACCUAAGGAAAUAUCAUGAAAGAUUGUUAAUAUAUUGCCUGAGUUGUAUUUAAUGUGAAAUGAACCAAUAGAUCAUGGCCUUUUGGGCAAAUUAUCUUUGCUGAAUAAUAUAUUAAUUCCUAUGUCUGCUAUUUAUUUAAGACGUUUGUUGGUGUUAUGUAUAAGAAUGUGUGUGGCAUAUGACAUAAAUAUUUGAAAAGUUGAGGGAGUGACAUGGUAAAAUCUACAGAUGCUGUUCCAUGUGGCUUAUAAAAUGCAAAUGUAGGUGUGGUUUAAUAAUAUAAAAGUAAGAAUGCAAACUAAAUUAGGUUACUGUUCAGAAAAUUAGAGUUAUUAUCCUUCAUAACAAAUAAUGGAAAACAUUCAGUGGAAGUGCAAACCUAUUAUUUUUUUCACGUUCAAAUACUUUAUUAAUGUUUGUUUACUAGUUGACAGGGUAAAGGAUAGUGUGCGGUCCUUUCGUGGAAUAGCACAGAGCACCCAUCUGCAGCAUGUCCAGAGACUGGGAUGUUCUCCUUCUAGUUCUUAAAUAUUUUUGGGCAGGAAUAACAUUACUGUCAGAAAGAGCAAUUAAACACUGUUAAGCACAAAACAAAAAACAAGAAUUUGCUUCAAUUGCAGAACUUAAAAAAUACAUACCAAUGAAUUCCCCCCUACC